AUGAAUCUCAACUUUGAUGAUGAGGACACUUUAUGCCGUACGGCCAGGCCACCAGGAGGAAAAGCCCAAGAGUUGGCAAACCUCAGGUAUGUCAAUUGGGUCAAUAGCGUGGUGGAACAACACAGAGGCCCUAAAGUCGAACAAUUCAGAGUUAGCUUUCAUCUCGAUAAACGUUCUUCAAGUUCCAUUGAUAAAUGGAUCCGAUUUGCAAUGAAAAAGGGAGUUCAAAUGCUUGACAUUGACUUCCUAGAAUAUGGUUUUCACCAGAGCUAUACUUUGUUUCCCCACCAAGUUUUUGGUUUCAAACAAGGGUCUGCAUUUGAGGUUCCAAAUCUAGACCCUUGCAUGUACACUGGCUUUAAGUCCCUCAAAGAUCUUUGUUUCAAAAAUGUUGAUGUUGCAGAAGAAGUUCUCCAGUACUUCUUGUCUAAUUGUCCAGUUCUUGAACGAUUAUCAGUCUAUAAUUCCCGAUAUGUGUCUCGUCUAAGAGUUGUCGGUACAUCAAUUGCCUUGAAGUACUUGGAGAUCCGGGAAUGUUUCAUGAUGGAGAGCAUUGAGAUUCGUGAUGCAAACCUUGUUUCAUUUACUUAUGCUGGACAUACAAUUAUAAACUUGCUUAUCAAGAAUGUACCUCGUCUUGUUGACGUAUCAAUUUGUGAGCCCAACAAUCUUUUCUUUGAGGUUGUCUUCACCCAACUUUCAUACUGUCUUUCUCAGCUAGAGACUCUCAAGUUGACUUACAAUGUGUUGUUCAGGUGCGAUCGUAUAUUUCCUACAAUGCCAAAUGUCAGGCAUUUGGGUUUAAUAUUUGAGGGAGAUGAUGCUUUCGCUCUUGUUAACCUAACUUACUUCCUUCAGGCAUGCCCUUACUUGCACAAGCUUGUGUUGCAGAUGCACUACGAAGGUCCGCUGAAAAGUUUUGCGAGAGCCCCGAAAUUCUCCCAUAAUUUCCUUAAGGUUGUGGAAAUGGUAGGGUAUGUUGGUCGCACAAGUGAUUUUGCGCUGGUUCGUUACUUGACAAAGACUGCUGUAAAUCUGGAGAAAAUUGUUGUUAAUCCUGUCCAGACCUGGCUUCUACAGAGCCUCAACUACAGAAUAAUGAAAGACCAAAUACUGAAGUGGCAAGAAACUGUAAGAGAUCGCGCUAGGAAGUACUUUAAAAGAAGGGUGCCCAAAGGAAUAGAAUUUGUGUGCCUGUAGGAAGUAGGAAGCUAGCGCAGUGCGUAAGUAUUCAAUUGAGAUUUUAA